UCCAUCCAAUCACAUUUCGUCUUACUCUCCUGUCAGCCAAUGGCUUGCAGCCGUCGCCGCUGCUAGCUCGUCUCCUCUCAGUGCCGUCAAUUCUAAACAUGCCCAUCAUGCUCGUAGUUGUGGGCUUUAUCUUCUGUCUUGCGUGUUGAUUUUCGUCACGAUGAGCAGCCUCUGCAGAGAGGUGAUCACCCUCCAGCUCGGACAUUACUCCAACUUUGCGGGAACUCACUGGUGGAAUUUACAGGAUGCAUCUUUAUCAUACGAUCCGGAGUCACCGCCAGGUGAGAUCCAGAGCGAUGUCGUGUUUCGUGAAGGACAGACUCUGGGCGGCCACGUCACCUACACACCACGACUCAUUGCCAUGGAUCUCAAAGGAAGUCUUCGUACUCUGCGACAGGAGGGAAGUUUGUACGAUGCAGGCAAGGACACGUCUGCUGUCACAUGGGAUGGAAGUAUCACUAUGCACGAAGAAAGUCCUCCUGCAAAGAACUCCUUCCUUGAAGACCUUGAUAAGUUGGAUAAAGGGGAGAUACUCGCAGAGGCUGAUUUUCCCUCCAGCUCCCAGCCUCAGUGCUCAGCAGCAAGGUCACUGAGUGUGGAUACAGUGAACAGCCACCUGGCUAGAGUACAGAAGAGCUACAGGCUGGAGUGCAGCGUGAAGGUGUGGUCUGACUUCCUCAGGAUCCACCUGCACCCUCGGACCAUCUCGGUCAUCCACCAGUACAACCACGAUGGAGAGGCUCACCGUCUGGAGGCUUUCGGCCAGGGCGAGUCUCUCCUCCAGGGGUCGGUGCUCGAGGAGCUGGAGGACAGGCUGCACUUCUUUGUGGAGGAGUGCGAUUACCUUCAGGGCUUCCAGGUGCUGUGCGACUUGGCUGAUGGCUUUGCAGGUCUGGGGUCGAAGGUCACUGAGCUGCUUCACGACUCUUACGGAGGAAGGGGCAUCCUAACCUGGGGGUUGUUACCCGUCAGUCACCCAGAUUCAACGCCAGUGAAGGAUCUCUACCGCCUGCUGAACUGCACUUUAGGGAUGGUACACAUGGCCAGUCACAGUUCUUUGUUCUGCCCGUUGACCUUGCGAGGUGGUCUGGGAAGACGACCGUCCUCUCCCACUAUGUUCACCCACCUCAGUUAUGAUCCCUCACUGUGGUACCACUCCAGUUCUGUCCUGGCUUUGGCAUUGGACACCCUUACUGCACCUUACAGGCUGAGGAACAACAGCGUCCCCAUGUGGCAGUUGGCAGAUGACCUGGCUGUAUCAGGGAGGAAGGUCGUGGCUGCUUAUGGUGCCGUCCCCUUUCCCAUGAUGCACGGCUCCUCUCUCCCUGACGCCCUGAGCACAUACACCGACGUACUGCCGUGGAGGCCUCUGUCUGGGUGCGCUGAAGCAGGAGACGGCCGAUGCUACGGCCAGUGGGCGACGCUCAAAGGCUUCGAAGGCCAGAAACUCAUCAGCUCGCUGGCUGCAGGAACUAAACCGCCCACUCCUCUGCACAGUCUCCACAGCGGAGAGGACGUCCUGGCUUCCUACAUCAGAUCCUUCUAUCCUUCAGCUCCUCUGGCUCUGCAGCUGGUUUCUACUCCCAGUGAGCUGGCCCCACCUUUCCCGCAGAUAUUCAGUCAAUCCCUCGGUGCUCAGGGCUUCCUGGAGGGCCAGCCGCCCCCGCCUGGCAGUACGCCCCGUGUCGUCUCCUCCGUACCCGUCAUGACUUCCCUCCAGUCGGGUCCUGCGCUCGACCCCUGGCUAUCCGAGCUGCAUCGCGGUGUGAGUGCUUUCGACAUCCGCCGUGUUGCCCCCAGCUUCCUUUCUCAAGGGCCUGAAGUGUUAGACUACCAGGAGGCCCUGGAGCAGCUGCGCCUGCUGGCCCGGUGUUACAGAGACGACAGCAGAGGCGUGAUGCGCUCUUCCUCCGAGGAAGAGGACGAUGACUGAAGUUGGCUAGCACGACUUGUAUCUGCCUGCUUUGUUUACCAGCCUGCAUGCUGUCAGCCUGAUGCAGGGAGAUAGAGGAGCUGUGCUCUGCUGUGUGAAAGGAUGAGGACUGAAGUACUGGGUGACAGAAAAGAGGAAGUUCUGCCCAUGUAGUUUGUAAUUCAAUGACUGUUCAUAUGUAAUUAAAAGUAUUUUAUACAAAAUGCACAUCAUAGGACUGUAUUUACAUAAAGACGUAGCUUUCACCACAGGUUGCAUGGAUUGUAGCAUUCACAGCUCUCAGAGCAAAGAAAGGGACUCUUUGUUUGUUUGUUUGUUUGUUUGUUUGU